AUGUAUAUUGUAUAUUUCGAAAUAUCAAGCAUUUUUACUAAAAAUUAUUUUCAAAAUUUUAUUUAUUUGGGAACUAUUUUUAAAAAUUAUCUAAUUUUUUUGAAUAAAAUUAAUCUAUAAAAAAUGAUAUAAAAUGUUGAAUAUAAUAAAUGGAAUACAAGAAGUUAAAAAUGUUGCAAACUCGGCAGCUACUUUUGUUGUUUAUUUUAGUAAUUUUUGUUUUGAUAACAUAUUAUAUUCUUUUGUAUUCGGAAAUAAAACCUAACGCCUUAUUACAUGAAGCCAAGCAAAAUAAAAUAACAGAUGUUACAAAUAUAAUAGACUCUAAUGAAGAUCUUGUAGUGCUAUAUAAUCGUGUACCAAAAACUGGUUCUACUUCCUUUGUAAAUAUUGCUUAUGAUUUGUGUAAAAAAAAUAAAUUUCAUGUUCUACAUAUCAAUGUGACAGCGAAUAUGCAUGUGUUAUCACUUCCAAAUCAAAUAAAAUUUGUUAAAAAUGUAACAAGUUGGAAAGCAAUGAAACCUGCAUUCUAUCACGGUCAUAUGGCUUAUCUCGAUUUUUCUAAGUUAAAUGUUGAAAAUUCUCAUAAAAAUCACUUUAAACAUAAUAAAAAUUUUAGAUUCCAAACUAUCACCAAACCAAUUUACCUAAACUUAAUUCGUAAACCACUUGAUAGACUUGUUUCAUAUUAUUAUUUUCUACGUUACGGGGAUAAUUAUAGACCAAACUUAGUGAGAAAAAAAGCUGGAAACAAAAUUACUUUUGAUGAAUGUGUUAAACUAAAGCAACCAGACUGUGAUCCAAAAAAUAUGUGGCUGCAAAUUCCAUUUUUUUGUGGCCAUGCAUCUGAGUGUUGGGAACCAGGAAGCGAAUGGGCUUUAAAUCAAGCAAAACAUAAUUUAGUCAAUGAAUAUUUCUUAGUAGGCGUUACGGAAGAAAUGGAGUCGUUUAUUGAUUUACUUGAAAAAUCGUUACCGAGAAUAUUCAAAGGUUUCACCGAACAUUAUUUGAAUUCAAAUAAAUCACACUUACGACAAACGACGUCAAAAAUAGAACCAACUCAAGAAACCGUUGAAAAAAUUAUGGGUUCUAAGAUCUGGAAAAUGGAGAACGAAUUGUAUGAGUUCGCUUUGGAGCAAUUUGAAUUUAACCGAAAAAAAUUAACGAUACCAGAUAAAAAUAAACCGCAAUCUUUUAUGUAUGAAAAAGUAAGGCCUAAAUGAUUAAAAAAACAAGGAAAAAUAAGUUUCAAAAGACAUACUUAAAAAUAAUUGUUCUUCGUUAAUUGAUAUAAUAUUAAACAUCUUUUUCAAACAAAUUUCAAGAAAUAAUCCCAAAAGACUUAAAGAUAAAUUAUUAAUUUAAUUUUAUUCAAAUUAGUUAAAAAGUAUUUUUUGCUAUUAAAAUUUUUUUUAGUUUAAGUUUGUUUAUUACCUUAUUAGUACAGAAAUUUAAUGCUCAUAGCUAAUUUCGUAUCAGUGUAAUAUAUUUUAAUAGAACAUUUUACUUAAAAUUUUUAUUACUAUUUAUUAAAAUCUAAUAAUUUAUUAAAUAGUAAUAAUUUUUGUAAAUUUAUUAUUUUUUUAAAUACAAGUGUAUACCUAUUUGGUUAAUUUGAAAACAGAAAC